GGAUAAAUCAAUAAAUAUCGCCUUCAUUACCCGCACCCCAAAUUCCGAAAACCUUGAAUUAAGCAAAAUCUACCAAUGGCUGAAGCCAUAAUCUCCAAACUCUCAUUUUUACUCUCGAACCGUUUCCUUAACUCCUCCUCUUCUACUUCAACUUGGUUGAACCCAUCCCAGUGCAUUGUUAGCCGGUCUGGUGUUCGUUAUUACUCCCCACUGAAGAACUCUGGUUCCAAGCAGCAAAUAAUCCUCUCUUGUAGUCAACAUGACGUUCUCCAAAGUCAAGAAGAAGCAAAUAAGAAGAUACACAAUGCAUCACCUAGACAAUAUGCUGGUGUUGGAUGCGAGACUGAUCAGGAUACCUUAAAUAACCUCGGAGGUGAUUGCAGAAAGAAGAGGUUUUUCGUCUCUCUAAUCCUGGUUGCUGUGGCUUCUGAUUUCCCAAUGACCAAUAACUCCAUCAACACAAUGGCUGCUGCCCAGGACAACCAGCUCCAGCAAACACUAGAGACAGAGAGGUACACAGACGCCAAUGAGGGUUUCACUCUCCUCAAGCCUUCUUCUUGGAUGAAGGUUGAAAAGGCUGGGGCAACAGUUUUAUUUGAGGAUACUAACAAGAAGAACAACUUGGGUAUUGUGGUUAGCCCGGUUCGCCUCUCUUCUUUAGGUGACUUUGGAAGUCCCGAAUUCGUAGCAGAUAAGCUCAUCCAAGCCGAAAAACGCAAGGAAAGUAUAAAGGAUGCUAAAGUCAUUGGAGUUGCUGAGAGAUUAGGACAUGGAGGCCUACAAGUGUAUGAGUUUGAGUACAUGUUGGACAGUGCUAGAGGAGGAGUAAAGAGAAUAUUCUCAGCUGCGUUUGUUGCUUCAAAGAAGCUCUAUCUCCUUAAUAUUGCUUACACGGAUCCACCUGAGAAUCCUCUAAAUACCAGCAGCAAAAUGAUUCUGGAACAAGUUCUUCACUCCUUCGACACAGCAGCAGCAGUAGAAACCAUGUAGGCAUUGUGGAGACCGUUAUUUUGGUCCACACACCUUCACCCUCAUUCACGCCACUUUAAUGCCAUGAGGUUGUAGUUUUCUCACAUAUGGUGGUUUAGUACUUCAUGCUUGAUGGGGUGGGACUGAAAAUAUCAGGACAACAAGUAUUGGAGCAGUUGUAGAAGGUUUGUGCAUCACAAUCUAGGUAUGUUCACAUCUGCGUGGAUAUGGACUUCUCAACAUGGUGGUUUUGCUAUAAGUGUCAGUUCUCAUUCGAUAUCAUUAAAUAUCCUAAAGUUCUUGGUCUCGUUAGAAUACGAGCGUGGUGCUUAAUUCGAGCAAGAUAAUGGGGAUAUCAUUAAGGAGAAAAAGCGGGUGGCGUAAGAGCGUAUGUAGACUGUAGUGCUGCUUGUAUGGCUUUAAGUUUGGAAUAAUUAUUUGCCAGACAGUUUGUGUUGGAGUACAACCCUACAUGCUAUGGACCCUUCAUUAUCUACAACAUCAUCUAUCGUGCGUUGUAUGGUAAUGCCAUUCCCCUGUUAGAAAACAGGCACCAAAGUGAAGUAGCACCUACAUAACCAAUGGUUAUUGUUACAAAAUUUGGUUUCUCCAUAAUAGGUAUGAAAUUAGUUACUUGGUUGAAGAAAUGUGAACGGGUAGGCAAUGUAGUAGUAGGUUGAAAUAUUUCUGUGUGUGGAUAUACUGGUUCUUUUGUAAAAAAUAUUAAGAUAUCCUAAAAUGAUAUUCUCUAAAGCCAUCAUCUGCUCUUUG